GCGGCGGCGGCGGGUAGUCGGCCUCGAGUCGGAGGAAGGGAAGCAGGCGAACUAUUACAGUGAUGGGCAAGUUUUCGGGUCGGCGAGCACUAGUGACUGGUGCGGGGUCGGGCAUUGGGCGUGCCACGGCCUUGAAACUAGCAGAGAUGGGCGCUGAGGUAUUCGCGUUGAGUAAAACGGCCGAAAACCUGGAAUCUUUGCGCGCUGAAUGCCCUGACAUCAAGCCGGUUUGUGUUGACUUAUCUGACUGGACAAGCACGCGGGAUGCCGUACAGAAGAUAGUGCCCAUCCAUCUGCUUGUCAACAAUGCAGCCGUAGCUGCUCUGGAGCCUUUCCUGACAACAUCACAAGAAACACUCGACAGACUGAUGAAUGUAAACGUGAAAGCUAUGAUGAACGUGUCCCAGGUCGUGGCUGGGGACCUUGUGAGCCGCGAGGGACGCGGUUCAAUAGUCAACGUGUCUUCCCAAGCAGGCCAGCGCCCCAUCGUCGACCACACUGCCUACUGUUGCAGUAAAGCCACCGUUGACAUGAUGACCAAAAUGAUGGCACUGGAGUUGGGUCCCAAGCGAAUCCGAGUGAAUGCCGUCUCCCCCACAGUCGUUAUGACAGCCAUGGGGCGCCUGGGCUGGUCCGACCCGGCCAAGGCAGGGCCGAUGCUUGCUCGCAUACCGCAGGGCAGGUUUGCUGAAGUAGAUGAUGUAGUGAAUGCUAUAACGUACCUUCUAGGAGACGAAAGCGACAUGGUAAACGGACACAUGCUACCAGUCGAUGGCGGUUUCUUGGCAGUGUAAUAUAAAUAAAUAUAUCUUCGAAAAUAAAUUGUAAAGAACACA